AUGGACCCCUUAAGUAUAGCUGGGACGCUCAUAGCGGUCCUCCAAAUCACGACCUCUGUCAUCUCAAUCCUGUACGACUACCGCACCGGCGUGGCCUCCGCUUCCCGUGAGGUUAUCCAAAUCACCGAGGCCCUUAAUUCCCUAAAAGACGUCUUAGAAUCAAUACUCCGUCUCAUUGAGACGACGAAAGCCGGGGAAUUAUCAACGGUUGAAUUAUUGGCGAAGGAUGGGGGCACGUUACAGAGUUGUCAAGCGGAGCUAGAGAGGUUGAGAGCUAAGCUGGAGCCUGAGAAGGGAUGGAGGAAGUUAAGGAAUAGCUUGAUUUGGCCACUUAAGGAGGGUGAGAUGAGGAGGGCACUGGAGGGGCUUGAGAGGUGGAAGAGUACGAUGCAGUUGGCGUUGAGUGCUGAUCAGGCUACAUUGAGUUUAUCUAUCAAAGACGAUGUGGAGGAUUUGACGCAGAUGUUUCAAAGGCAUAACACUGAUCUCAAACGGCAAGCAAUCUACAAGUGGCUUUCUGCUCCUGAUCCAUAUUCGAAUCAUGUUACAAAUCGAAAGAAACGUCAGUUUCAGACUGGGGUUUGGCUUUUAAGGAGCAAGCAGUAUGAACAUUGGUUACAAAGCGAGAAUUCGUUUCUUUGGAUUUAUGGAAUUCCUGGAAGUGGGAAGACUGUACUUUGCUCAACGGCCAUCGAGCAACUCAUCCGUUACUUCCAGCAAGCGCCCCGAACUGCACUCACAUACUUUUAUUUUGACUUCAACGAUACUGGGAAAAGAGACACGAACUCCCUGAUACGAUCUCUUAUCACACAAUUAUCAGCUCAGUGUGAAACAAUACCGCCUCCCUUACUUGAGCUGUACAACAGCCAACCAGACGGCAUGGAAGUUAUCGACGAACAAAACCUUCUCGCAACACUUCGAAACUUGAUUCUCACGUUCCACAACGUUUAUAUUGUUUUAGAUGCUCUCGAUGAAAGUCUAGAUUGCGAGGAGAUCUUGCAUUUCAUCAACUCAGUUCAGGGUUGGGACUUGUCACGCCUCCAUCUCCUUGUCACCAGUCGGCAAUUGGCGGAUAUCGAAGAGUCGUUGACGGGGUUGGUCACAGAACGAGUGUGUCUUCAAGAUUCAGAAAUGAAUGAGGAUAUCAUCCUUUACGUUGCCGACAAGCUUGAGAACGACAAGUCGUUGUCCAGGUUCCCUCCGGAUAUUCGGUUUCAGAUCCAGAAAAAGCUUCUGGAAGGAGAGGAUGGCAUGUUCCAAUGGGUUGUAUGUCAGCUUGAUAUGCUACGACGUUGCAUGUCUGUAGCCGCCAUACGUAAAGCUUUGUCGGUAGGCUUGCCUAAGAACUUGGACCAGACAUACGAUCAGAUUCUAUUCCAAAUCGACGAGCUCCAUCAGCAAGAUGUGCUAAAGACUCUUCAAGUCUUGACAGCUACACAGGAAUCUUUGACUCUGGAAGAAAUUGUGGAGAUCCUCGCAGUGGACCUCGACUCGGAUCCUCCUCAUUUCGACCCUGAUUCCAGACUUCUGGAUCCUCGAAGUAUUCUAUCGAUGUGCUCGUCUUUGGUCACAACUGUGAAGACGAGUCGAUGGACCACAUAUCCUGAAAAGGAAAGUGUUACAUAUUUGAAACUUGCACAUGCUUCAGUGGCGGAUUAUUUAACUCAGCCCAAAAUGGGACCGUCACAAUUCCAUUUUUCGACGACACCUUCACGGCAAUUUCUUGCUCAGUGCUGUUUAGCGUACCUCAUGAACCCCGAGUUUUCGACUGGUCACCAAAGUCGCCAGAAAACCGAGAUGGCGGCUAUGAGGAGUUCGUACCCUUUCUUAAUCCAUGCUAUUAACAACUGGCUAAAGUACCUCUCCAAAAUGCCGGGCGAUCCAGACGACUAUCUCGAGCCAAGGACGAUCGAGAUGCUUCAAGCAUUUUUUGAGACAUGGAAAACACCAUCAGGAGGCAAUUAUACAUUUUGGGUCGGAAUGCUUAUUCCGGAUGUGGUAUACGAACAAAUACGAAAGACGCAGCCGCUCUAUUACGCAGCCUCUUAUGGCCUCACGGAGGUUGUCCGAAUGAUUCUCGAAUCCCAGAAGGAUAUUGAGCUCAACGCGUUGGGUGGACGUGCAUAUUCAACAGCAUUACACGUUGCCACUUAUCGAAAUCGCAUUGAUGUUGUAAAAGUUUUGUUGGAUCAAGGAGCUGAUCCGAAUCUUUGUAACGUGAGUGACGAGCCUCCCUUAUAUUGGGCGGCUAUCAAUGGGAAUCAGGAGAUGCAAGAUUUGUUGCUCAAAAAUGGAGCCACUGAUUUAAAGGGGGUACUGGGCCGGAAGUUUACACUCCAAGAUCGGUUGGAUGAGAUGCUUUUGGCCAUAGAUUUCAAGCUUGAUGAAUAG